AUGUGGGUUUUACACCCAGAUCCCGUGCAUCAAAUCGCCGAUGGACUACCAAAAAUUUGGAUACGCGACUCACAGAAUAAGAUCAAGCUUGACCCUCUACACAAUGUCGAUAGCGCGCACAGGAUUUUCGACCUCCUUGCGCCAUCUCGGGUAACCGGGCCAAGCCGUCUAUCGAGUCAGACACUCGUCAACUUGGCGCAUGGUGGUAUUCCCUUCUCUGUUCUAAAGGAACUCAUGGCGGAUGGGCUUCAUGAGGAACGAGCUGUAGAACAAGCCGGCCGUGUCGUAACAUCGAGACUGCGACGGCGCAUUGCUGGUCAGGCACGAGCACUUGGCCUUGGCCAACUUCGACCCAACGAAGAGUUCGCUGGCGGAAUCCAUGGUUGUGACGAUGGUGCAGUGAACCCAUCACUGCACGACUCGAUUAAUCGGGGCCGCAAUCCUCACAGCGGUGAACCGUUGACUCUACACGAGUCAGUCCUCGAACUAUUGCAAGCUGGUUUUCAUCCUCUCAAGCUUGACCGGCUUUCUUACAAACUCGAGUACGUGGUGACCCAAGUCCUCGACGACUACAUCAAGAAGUUCCACAUUCCAGUCGAGGAGUCCCGCGAAGCAUAUAUCAUACCAGAUCCAUAUGGGGUGCUUGAGGAGGGGCAAAUACAUUUUCGCUCUUCAGAACUAAUCACUGACCCCGAAAGUGGAGCCCAGAUGAAUACUAUGACCGGGUCUGUUUUGGUGUGGAGGAAUCCCACGAGACUGCCUUCCGAUGUUCAGAAGGUCACCGCUGUCAGUCACCCAACAUUAGCUGAUUAUUUCGAAGUCAUUGUGUUCCCUGUGAAGGGGGAGCGCUCAUUGGCAAGCUACUUGGGUGGGGGAGAUUAUGAUGGAAACACGGUCAUGUUGGUCUGGUCCAAAUGUCUGGUCGAAAACUUCAAUACCGCUCCACUGUGUAUGGCGCCUGCAGGUUUGAGUGACAACUUUGAGCGAGAAGUUGAACAUGUUGAGGACUUUGAGCAACGAAUAUCCAAUCUCUCCCAAAAGGAUGCCCAAACCGCGUUCCAGAAGGCCCUCCUUCUUGGACUCGCAGAAACAAAAGUCGGAUUGUAUUCGAAGUUUCAUGACCUCGCCGUGUAUGAGCGCCGCUAUGCAAGUACUGCCGCCAUUCGACUGGCAUACACGUUCACUACCUGCCUCGAUGCGAGCAAGACAGGGCUACAGGUUAAACGCCAUGUCUUCGAGAAGGAUCGCAAAUCUUGCGGGCUACGCAAGCCCUACUAUAUGGCCGCCCUUGAACAGAACACCGAGGGCCGUCGCCUCCGCAGCCACUUCCUCGAAGAUUAUUCCGUCCUCCGGAGUUCUUCCACCAGUACGGCAGACCACGACCUCACCUCUCCUUACGUUUCUGCGUCUAAUAGGGCAAGAGAAGCUUUGCAAGACGAAUUGAGCGCUGUCAAAGAUCAUGUUCACAGAGCAUAUGAGGAAUGGCAAGUCGCUGUUUCUUUCCAGAAGAAGGCUUCAGAAGGAAGGGGGCUUUCGGACCCCAACACACAAGCGAUUCAAAAGUCAGUACAACGCUUUGUAGGGGGGCCAGACUCGAAGAUAUUGUAUUUUUCCGAUAAGGAACUCAAAACUAUCAAGGCAUCAUAUGCAUACAGUCUCAGUGACAUACUUCACCAUAUAGUGCCCCUUUACCUCGACCAUAUUUUUAUUCUUCCAUCUCGAUUUGUUAGCAACUACCUCUGUCCUACGCAAUGACAGAGGUCCUUGAAGCGAAGUUGAGACAUUCGCUUCGAUAUUUGUAUUUCGUUCUAAAAAUUUCAGUGCAACAUCGUGAACCCGCACGAGUUCCAUCUUCCGGCAUCGUACAACAGAG